AUGUCGAAGGUGCUGCCACUCAUCAAACCGUCCCAGCCGCGGGGGCGUAAUGCGUACGGCAGCUUGGGGCCCCACCAGUCGGGGUCAUGUGCUCCGUCCCCUUUCCGAGAGGCGAACGGUCAACUCACACAAACCGUUGCGCUGACGGCGCGGCAGCCCACGAUUCGGGCACCCUCUCGCGAAAUGGAGUUCUCGCUGGGCCCCGUUCAGGAGCGAUACUUGCCACCGUACAACGACCUUGAUGACCCACAUCUGGCGCCGUACUGGGCCCGCCGUGAGAUGCUAAUACGCGAGCUUGCUGAGCGGCGGAUUGAGUUGCGGCGACAGCGCCGGCUAUUGCUGAAACGCCGCGAGAUCGAGCGUCGGCGGUUUGAGCGUCGGCGCCGGCGGGAGUUGGAGGAAAUUUCAAACAAAGUGGGUUAUGCGUCACUGCGGCGCCUAGAGGAAGUGGAUGAGGGAAAGCCGCAGCUGUCGCGUUCUGCGAGCAAACAUCAGCCACGACCGCCGCCAAAUAACAGCAGAUCCACCUCUAACAUCCGCCGUCAAUCACAACGGAGGUACGGUGUCUCUGCACAAAAACAGCACCCUUCAUCGGCCCCGGGCGGGGCUGUGGCUGAUCAUCAAAGGACGACACCGGUCACGAGGCGAGUCAACGCAAAGGCAGUCAACCCGGACCCCUCACCCAGCACGGCGGAGCAACGCAAUGCAAAGGAGAAACCUACAGAAACGACGGCAAAGAAAACACCAAAGAAGAAAAUACCAGCACCAGAAACAACAGAAACCACCACAGACGUGGCGCCAACAGCGGUUGCAACAGUAGAGGAGGUGGAGUAUGCCGGACAUCAUUCCUUCCCAGACGACUCGAUGGGGAGUGCAACUCUACAGGAACCUGAUACACAGAUAGUGACAACAGAGGGACCCAAGCUUGCCACAACGGCUGAAAUAAAACACAAGUCCAAUGUAUCAUAUUCAUCGUCAUCGCGGUCCUCUCCCUCAUCAUCGCGCAGCUCCUACAACCACAACGAGGAGAAAAAGGACAAAGAAAAUGACGGAAAGCAAUUCACAUCAUCUAAAGAGGAAGAGAAACAGCAAGUCGUGUCACUCUCUGUAGAGGCUCUCACCGCCCCUCAAGAGCCAAAGGAGACUCCGCAGCUGGAAAUUGAAACAAAGAAGGACGAGUACCCCAUGGGCGAUGACUUUGAGUCGCCCACUUCGUCCCUCAAGGAGCAGCACCAUGCGGCGCCGCUCUCCGCAGUACAGGCUGGGACUCCAGAGGAGGUGAAGCACGACACCCCGAAGAAGGACGAGUACCCCGUGGAUGAUGACUUUGAGUCAUCCACUUCCUCCCUCAAGGAGCAGCACCAUGCGGCGCCGCUCUCCGCAGUACAGGCUGGGACUCCAGAGGAGGUGAAGCACGACACCCCGAAGAAGGACGAGUACGCCGCGGAUGAUGACUU